AGUUCACCAUUGGAAUCAACUUGCACGUGACCUAGUCAGAUGACGGACCGCGCGGGUCCGCGAGAGCUGACUGACGAUGAAAGAAGGAAACUCGCUUGCGACGUGACGUUUGUAACGGAUUUCAAGCAACGUCAAUUGGAGGAGGAGGCUCGGCGUAACUGGGAUUUGUUCUACAAGAGAAAUGAGACGCGUUUUUUCAAGGACCGUCACUGGACUGGACGAGAGUUUGAGGAACUGAUUGGUGCAGGUGGUGAAAGGAGGAAGACGCUAUUAGAGGUCGGAUGUGGUGUGGGGAAUUUGUUUUAUCCACUGCUUGAGGAAGGAGUCGACUUGUUUGUUCAUGCUUGUGAUUUUUCUCAGAGGGCUGUUCAGUUUGUGAAAGACCAUCCUUUGUAUGAUGAGAGUAGAGUGCACGCCUUUCAGUGUGACGUCACGCGUGACAAGUUGGAUGAACACGUGACUGUCGACUGUAUUGAUAUUGCUACUCUUGUCUUUGUUCUCUCAUCUGUUCAUCCUGACAAAAUGUCAACAUUUUUGAAAAAUGUGCACAGUGUUUUGAAGCGUGAUGGUGUUGUUCUUAUUCGAGACUAUGGACUUUAUGACCAUGCCAUGCUUAGAUUUGCACGAGGCCACAAGUUACAAGAGAACUUUUAUGUUCGUCAGGAUGGCACAAGAGCGUACUAUUUUUCAGUUGAUAAGAUGAAGGAGGUGUUUACUGCUUCUGGCUUUGUAACUGUAAGCUGUGACUACGUCCAUAGAGAGACCGUAAAUAAGAAAGAAGGGUUAUGUGUCCCACGUGUAUUUGUACAAGGACGAUUUAGCAAAGCGAAGUAAGAUGAUUAUUUCCAGUAUUUUUCAAUAAAUAUUUAUAUUUAGGUAAAAUUGUUAAUUAAUUGUCACUUAUGAUUUGGCACUAAUAAUAGACUCUGGUGGUGUAUCUGCUACCUAAAGUAUCUAGGAGCUAUAACAUGAUUAUCAAGUCUACUUGCUGCAA